AAUUCGGUUUUGUCCCACUUACUGCAAAUAAAAAACACCCAUAUGUCUCUAGUUUAUGCCAACUGAGAAAUGAUUCUUGUUCUUAGAAUGGAUACACAAACAAACGUACGAUAUCAACAAUUGGAGUUGUAAAACUUAGCCGCGUCCGACUUUAUUUAAGGAUUUCCUAAUCGAAUAAAUACCAGACAUUUGUUUUUCCUUAUAUAGCAAAAAAAAAAAAAAAAAAAAGGGUUCGUUUUUCCCCUCUAGAACUUGUUUUCCAUGGCUUCCCUUCCAUCUCUCACGAAACCCAUUUCUCAAAACCCAAUUACACGCCAAACAACCACCGACCAUUCACAUAUUGGUUCAAAGGCGGUUCCCUGUAGAACUUCACUUCUAAGAUCUGGGUUUCUGUAUUCUCAACCUGGGUCGUUUAGAAACACGAGGACUGUUAGAAGUUCGAACCAAAAUGAAGCUUUGGUUGAUUCCUACAUUAAAACCUCUGAUGUCCCACUUCUGACUUGCUCCGAGGCAACUGAGAGGCUGAAAGCUCACAGGGAAAACCAUAAAGGGAAGCAAGAAUUCCUGGCAAUGUACUCGAGCAUUUUUGGUGGAAUAACAACAGAUCCUUCUGCUAUGGUCAUCCCCAUUGAUGACCACAUGGUCCACAGGGGUCAUGGUGUUUUUGACACUGCUGCCAUAAUGGACGGAUAUCUGUAUGAGUUGGAUCAACAUCUCAACCGCAUUAUAAGAUCGGCAGCCAUGGCCAAAAUCAACCUACCCUUUGAUAAGGAGGACAUAAGAAGUAUACUCAUAAAGACAGUGAGUGCCUCCAAGUGCAGAAAUGGAUCACUAAGAUACUGGCUCUCGGCAGGACCUGGCGAUUUCCAAUUGUCGCCGUCUAGCCACAACAAACCGGCUCUUUAUGCCGUUGUGAUCCAAGACCAAUUGCCUUUUGACUCGAAGGGAGUCAAAGUGAUAACAUCAUCUGUUCCAAUGAAGCCUCCUCAGUUUGCAACUAUGAAGAGUGUGAACUACCUUCCAAACGUUCUCUCGAAGUUGGAGGCAGAAGAGAAUGGCGCAUUUGUAGCCAUUUGGCUCGAUGAGGAAGGGUUCAUUGCCGAAGGGCCUAACAUGAACGUGGCCUUUGUCACAAAAGACAAUGAGCUUCUGAUGCCUCAUUUUGACAAAAUCCUAAGUGGUUGCACAGCUAAGCGAGUUCUGACCCUUGCAGAGAGGCUGGUAAGCAAGGGGAAGCUUCGGGGAGCGAGAGUAGCGAACGUGACCGUCGAUGAAGGGAAGAAGGCAAGUGAAAUGAUGCUUCUUGGCAGUGGAGUUCUUGUUCGCGCGGUUCUCUACUGGGAUGAGCAGGUCAUUGGUGAUGGCAGAGAGGGUCCUGUGACCCAGGCUCUUUUGAAUCUUCUCAUUGAGGACAUGAAAUCCGGCCCGCCUUCUGUUCUUAUUCCUAUUCCUUACUAAGCUGACAUGACACCUAAACCUUCUCUUGACUUGAAGAUCAUGGAAAAUCUCCAUUAUUACACUUUUGUAAAAUAUGCCUCUGUAUGAGUAUUGGAGCUCUUCUCUCCUGCAAAUCUUUUAUAAGUUACGUUUCUUUCUUGUUUGUCCAUUAAUAAGUAGCUUGUACUUGCCAUGUUUCCCAUUAUCUCCAGUUGGGAAGCCAAUUUUACAUUGAUGUAUAGAUACUCUUCCAAAGUUGUAUAGUUCUGUUGUAUUACCUUAUAAGCAACUUAAAUGGAAGGGUUUUCAUUUGGCGUC